AUGCAAAACAUUAUGGAGAAUGUUUCUAAUAUUUUAGUGUUUUCUCUCUCUGGAUUAAAUAUGACAAUGGAAGAAAGAUAUGUGAUUUUUUGUUUGACUGCAUUGCUUUAUCAGUUUAUAUUAUUGUGUAACAUUACUAUUAUUUUUUGCAUUGCCUCAGAUAAGCAACUUCAUGAGCCUAUGUACAUAUUUUUGUGCAGUUUAUGCAUAAAUACAUUAUAUGGUACUUCUGGCUUCUACCCUAAAUUUAUGUAUGAUCUAUUGGCCCCAUUUCACAUUAUUUCAUAUGCAGGAUGUCUUACUCAGGUUUUUGUAAUUUAUUCAUCUGCUUUGUGUGAUUAUUCAACUUUAACAGUAAUGGCGUAUGACAGAUAUGUUGCAAUAUGUAAACCAUUAGAAUACCACUCAGAAAUGACAAAUCAAAAAAUUGUAAAAUGCAUAAUAUUUUGUUGGAUUCCACCAUUUAUUUGCAUGUCUGUUGUAGUAUCAUUAGCUUCAAGACUAACCCUAUGUGGCUCAACAAUCGAAAAGCUUUACUGUGAAACCUGGGCAGUUGCUAAACUGGCCUGUUCCACUACAACAGUAAAUAAUGUAUUUGGAUACAUAGUUAUAUUAACAUAUUUUGGGCAUGCAAUACUGAUUGCAUUCUCAUAUAUUCACUUGAUAAAUUGCAGGAAUUCAAAAGAGAGCAAACAUAAAUUUAUGCAGACUUGUGUUCCACACUUAGUGGCACUGUUUAAUAUCACUAUUGCAUUAUUGUUUGAUGUUUUUUAUAGUCGAUAUGGUUCAAAUUCAAUUCCUCAAGCACUGCGAAAUUUCAUGGCACUGGAUAUUCUCUUUAUACCUCCUAUUUUAAAUCCCUUAAUUUAUGGAUUUAAACUGACUAAAAUACGCAAGCAUGUAAUGCAAUUGUUUCUCAGACACAGCUGUCUAAACUGA